CCCGAGGGGUUUGGGGUGAAUAGCACCCCAUCCCACAGCCGGGGCUGGGUGUCCCCGUGUCCCCUGUGCCCUGCUCAGGCCCCAGGCUGCUGCUGUUGAGCAACGUCCCGGCUUUGCUCGCCUCUUCCCGGCAGCGGUUUCCCGCGCUCUGGCCUGAGUAGGGGGAAUGGGGCCGGGGCUGGGGGCUCAGCCCGGCGCUCAUUUCACUGCGGGGAGGCAGGAGAGGGUCCGAGCCGGGGCUGGGAGAGCCUCCUGCUGCUGCUGGGCGAGACCGUUCCGGGCAACAGGCUUAGAGAGUGGCAAAGCGUGGGGGAAUUAGGGAAAUAAUCUGUUGCUGUUGAUCCCAGAGGCGGGAAUUCGCAGCGUCGUGCCAGGCCCCAGGCACGGAAGAGGGGGAGAGCCGGGCCAGCGGACGCGUGAGCAGAGCUCCCGGCUGGAAUGCACCAGCUCAGCACGGGAUUGUCCUUCCUGGGCCAGGCGGGCGCCGCGCCGUGAGCCCGGGACGACCGCCUGGGCCAUGGCAGCAGCAGACACCCCCUCGGCCACCACCCUCCGGCGCCGCGACCUGUGCAGCCGCGGCAUCCGCCUGGCCAGGAAGAUGCGUGCGGACGUUGCCGACCUCCUGGACAUCUACGUGGAACGGCAGGGCCUGGACGCCUCGGUCAGCGUGGCGGCGGUGGAGGGGGUGCCGGCGGCAGCGGCGGAGCACUGGAGCGAGCAGACGGGGACGCAGCGGCUCCUGGACAACCUGGCGGCGUACCGGGCCUUCCGCGCGCUGCUGGCCCAGAUGCUGGAGGAGCAGCGCGAGCAGCUGGGCGACGCCGACGCCGCGCUGGGCCGGGCGCUGGCGGCCGUCCUGCUGCAAGUCUCGGCCUUCGCCUACCACCUCGAGGAGCUGCUGGAGCUGGAGAGCCGCGGGCCCCCCGGUGACGAAGGGGACGGGCCCCCCGCGCCCCCUCGCCUCAGCCUCUUCGAGCAGAAGCUGCGGGGCCUGGGGGUGCUGCGGGAGCUGGCCCAGUGGGCCGUGAGGUCCGUGAGGGACCUGCGGCAGCUCGCCCGGCCCGGCCCCGGCGCUGGCUCAGCCCCUGGCCUGGCCGAGGGCCAGUGAUGGCCACACGGGGUGUAGGGAGCCUGGGUUUGGUUAGGGGGCUCUUUUUCCCUGCAAGGGAAGCAGAGGCACGGGGAGGGAAGCCCUGGAAGGACAAGGCUCGGGAUGAAUCUGGCUCUGCGUUUUGGGUUUGCAGGGCCCAGAGGCUGUAAUCCUUCGUGAGCAAGGACAGGGCUGGCCUGUGCCGUGAGACUUGCUUGGUUGCUGCCUCUGUUCAUGGCUUGAUGCUGCUUCACGAGGAGGGGAGCUGUGGUGGGGCUCUUAUAGAGGCAAGGCGGGAGUAAAGGGAUGUGAAAAUAGCACCUGGUGAAAGGAAUUGUAACCCUGUUUGCAAGACCCAAGGCUUUGUCCCCUUCAGGUGGUUCAUUUCCUUCCCUGCCGGCUGCUCCUGCCCAAUUUGUGUUCUCUGUGCAUUCAAUUUCUGCUCUAACUGCAUGGGGAGGGGGUGGUGGGGGUUUGCGCAGGAUGGCAUUUCUCAACUGCUCCGACAAUCCAGCAGAGAGCAUCGGUUAACCGAGGGCUGACUUGGAAGACCCUCCACAAGGAGGCUGGUGCCUCCAGGCCACAAUUAGGACUGGAGAUGGCCUGGAGAAACGAACAGCCCCAACCUGCAUCUCAUACCCUGCGAAGGGAGCAGCCGGGAGGCUUCGCAGCUGCCUUGGGCUUUUAUUUUUAUUUUUAUUUUUAUUUUUUUUUUUCCUUGAUGGCUGUGAUGGCUGCUGGCUGCUGAGCAAAUAAAGUGCCUGGGAGAUCUUC